UCCUACUGCACCUAUUAACUAGGCAUCAAACGCUUUGCAACAAUGUUUAAAUCGUGGGUGUUCACAAUAAUCAUGAAUAAGUCAUGAUUAUUAAUUGUUUACCUUUGGACAUGACGGGUUCUAUAUUUGGCAAGACAACGCUUGUGUAAUCCAAUGUAAUUCUCGACAAACAGACGUUGAUUCGUGACGCCCAGCUGGGUAUACCCGGUAUACCAAGGAUAGGAUGCUUAUGGUUGAUUACAUCAUUCGAGCAUUGCAUUGCUUGGAUUGCUUGGCCACCAUUCGGCCAAUAGCCAUGGCGUGAGCUGCUAUCAAUAGUCGCAACGUUUACUCAACAUCAAGUCACGAUCAGAUUACCAAGUUUAGAUCUUACCACGAAUCUUCACUAUCAAGCUACCUGGACAUAACAUACAGCAUGAACGCGCCUCAGGAUAACUCGUCGAUCAUACCGACGACGAUAUCCUUCGGGAAACAAAUGCGCCAGGCUCAUUUUAACUUUGCUCCCUCGUACACCCCGCUGAAUCACGGAUCCUUCGGGUCUUUUCCCUCGGGGGUUCGAGAGCAUCAGCGGCGGCUGCAACGCGAAACUGAGGCGAGGCCAGAUACCUUCAUACGCUUUGAAUAUCCUAGACUCCUUCGGGAAGCAAGGGAAGCCGUCGCCCCGCUGUUGGGAGCAGAGACCGACGAAGUGGUUUUUAUUCCUAACGCAUUAACGGCAAUCAAUACCAUCCUAAGGAAUUUAACGUAUCGCGAUGGCGACGUCAUAGUAUAUUUUAGUACGGCAUAUGACGCAUGCCACAAGACUAUUCAAUCUCUAGAGGAGACUACUGAAGUCAGAGGACAUUGCAUCGAGUUAGUGUACCCCAUCGAGGACGAUGAAAUCCUCGAUAAGUUCCGCUCCGCAAUCCUCGAGGUUCAAAAUCAAGGCAAGUCAGUUAAACUGGCUCUGUUUGAUACUGUCCUCACCUUCCCCGGAGUGCGUUUUCCGUGGGAAAGUCUGGUGCCUAUAUGUAGAGAAUAUGGGAUUCUGAGUUGUAUAGAUGGUGCACAUGGGAUAGGUCAUAUUGAUUUGCGACACGCCUCUCAAGUCGGACCAGAUUUCUUCAUUACCAACUGCUACAAAUGGCUUAUGGUGCCCCGUGGGUGUACGGUGCUCUACGUACCUUAUCGUAAUCAAGCUUUGAUCAGGACGACGUAUCCGACCGGCGAAGGUUAUCAACCACUUGAGCACCGCGUGGAGAUGUCCGAAAGAAACUACUUUGUCAACUUGUUUGAGAAAGUAUCUACGGUAGAUACUAGUCCGUAUAUAUGUGUGACAGAAGCGCUCAAAUUUAGAGCCCAAGUUUGCGGCGGCGAGGAGAAGGUGCGCAACUAUAGCGUGAAUUUAGCAAAAGAAGGCGGCGAGUUGAUGGCAAAAAUCAUGGGAACGGAGGUCCUGGAGAACCGAGCGGGGACACUUCGAGAUUGCUUCUUUACUAACGUGAGGCUACCCUUAGACGUAGUAGCAGAGGAUUCGCCGGAGUCGCAAGAGAAGGAUAAGGUUCUAGCUCGAGACGGGCAGGCAGUAGCUGAUUGGAUUACGAAAACGACCGUCGAAGAGUAUGAGACUUUCAUAGCGACGAGAUAUUACGCCGGCGCGUUUUGGGUUAGGAUUUCUAGUCAGAUUUACCUUGACCGCGCGGAUUUCGAAUGGGCUGCUAAUGUCUUGGUUGAACUUUGCGGCCGUGUGAGAAGAGGCAUACGGCCGUCGAAGCAGAGCAAUAUGAUUAUGAUAUUAUGAUAUGAUUGUGGCCUAAUAAUAGCCAACAGGAAAGAGAGCCGCUAGAAUGGUGGCUUAUGCAAGUAUACCUAGAUAUUUAGAUAUGUCGUCCAAAUUGGGCGCCACGGUGAGGUAAGAGUUGUGUUACCAAUUUGAUCCGAAUGGCUGAUGGAGCUUGUUUAUUUACACUCAAAUUUUCUCGUUGAUGAAUGAAGAUAAUGAAGAUAGUAAAGAUAAUCCCGAGUGUAAGUGAGUGAGUUGUAAGUGGCGUGGGGGAAUACGAUAUCAGAUAUCAUAACUCUCUCAUUUCGUUAG